UCCCGUUCUGCGCUGCGCCAUGGCGGGAAUCCUGGAGUCGCUGGAGUCAUGCUUGGAGCAGCACAUCCCGCCCGAGGACCUCGCCGAGGUGAAGCGGAUCCUCUACGGGGGCGAGGCAAGAAAACUUAAUUUGCCAGCUGCUGCUCUAUCGGCAGCUCAGGAAAGAGAUUUUGAGCUACAGGGCUAUGGAUUUGAAGCUGCUCCAGAGCAAUUGAGAAGGCCACGUAUUGUUCGAGUAGGACUGGUACAAAAUAAAAUUCCACUUCCCACAGACACAGCCGUCGCAGUCCAGGUGGCUGCACUGCACAGACGAAUUGAGGAGAUUGUGGAAGUAGCUGCAAUAUGUGGGGUCAACAUAGUUUGUUUCCAGGAGGCCUGGACCAUGCCCUUUGCUUUUUGUACAAGAGAGAGGCUUCCUUGGACUGAAUUUGCUGAGUCAGCAGAGGAUGGGCCAACAACAAAAUUCUGUCAAGAGCUGGCAAAGAAAUACAACAUGGUUGUGGUAUCUCCAAUCCUGGAGCGAGAUGAAAUACACGGGGGAACUCUGUGGAAUGCUGCAGUGGUCAUUUCUAAUUCUGGAGCUGUCCUUGGCAAAAGUAGGAAAAAUCACAUUCCAAGGGUUGGAGAUUUCAAUGAGUCUACUUACUAUAUGGAAGGAAAUACAGGACACCCAGUGUUUCAGACGCAGUUCGGAACAAUUGCUGUGAAUAUCUGCUAUGGGCGCCAUCACCCUCUGAACUGGCUUAUGUUUAGUAUGAAUGGAGCAGAGAUCAUCUUUAACCCUUCAGCCACUAUUGGAACACUCAGCGAGUCACUGUGGCCAAUUGAAGCAAGAAAUGCUGCCAUAGCUAAUCACUGCUUUACAUGUCCCAUCAACAGGGUAGGAACGGAAUACUACAAAAAUGCCUUUACUUCCGGAGAUGGUGGAAAAGCACACCAUGACUUGGGCCAUUUUUAUGGCUCAAGUUACGUAGCUGCACCAGAUGGCAGCAGGACCCCAGGACUCUCUCGCACUCAGGAUGGACUUCUGGUGGUAGAGAUGGAUCUAAAUCUUUGCAGGCAAGUCAGUGACAAAUGGAAUUUUAAGAUGACUGGUAGAUAUGAAAUGUAUGCAGACAAGCUCACUGAAGCAGUCCAGCCUUAUUUUAUACCCAAUAUAAUCAAAGAGUAAGAGAGAGCAUCUCAUUACAAUCAAAUCUUACGUAACAAAUUAAAAGGUACUGUUGGAUGAUAGCUUUACUGUGGAUCACAAAUUGUUAUUUUAAUGUGAUUUUAAUUUCCUGUAACCAACUUUUAAAUAAUAGGAUUCAAAACUGUGUUAAGUAAAAUAAUUGAAAAAUGGCUUCUUGGGUUUGGGGUUUUUUUUUUGGCAUUUACACUGAGUCCAAACAUUUGUUCCUUACUAGAAAUAUACCCAGUAGGAAUACAUUGAUAUAAAACGAUGAUGAAUUUACUCAGUACUGUGAUACAGUUUGAUGGAGAUGAUGAGUU